UGCUGUCAAACAGUUUGGACAGGUGUGAAAUACUCUUUUGUGGAGGUCAAGUGUGUGUGUAUCGCUUGUUCUGAGGAAAAGAAAAAGGAAAAAAAAAAACAGACAUUUUAAAAACACCCAUACUUCAUUUUCUCGCUUGGAUUACAAAUUGAAAUAACGCUCGGGAAGAAAGGGAAAAAAUCGCUACUUCAGUGAUCGCUGUUCCACGGAUACAAAAACCAUGGGUAUCCUUGAGGAAUGUCCUACGCCCACGCCCGUGGUUGCCCUAGACAUGUGCAUGAAACGCCCCGGGGAAGGGGGAUCCACACACGGGAGCGGUGCCCCUUCAGAGUCAACCCACCACCAAAGCCGUCCGCCUCCUACGCCCGUCCGCCCACACCCAGAGGCCGAAGAGGAUUUGGAGGUGGACGUGGUAGACACCGACUCCGAAAUCGAAGUGGGCAAAGGGGACGAUGAAGUGUGCGAGGAGGAGGAAGACGGAGGAGGGGCGGGAGGCCCAGGAGGAGAAGGAAGCUCCGAAGGAGGCGGCGAAGCUGGGGGUCCUUCGAAGAGGAAACAGCGCCGCUAUCGCACCACUUUCACGUCCUACCAGCUGGAGGAGUUGGAGAAGGUCUUUGCCAGGACGCACUAUCCCGAUGUCUUUACGAGGGAAGAGCUCGCCAUGAAAAUUGGAUUAACCGAAGCCAGAAUUCAGGUCUGGUUCCAGAACCGAAGAGCAAAAUGGAGGAAACAAGAGAAAGUCGGACCUUCGACGCAUCCAUACGGCGCCUUCCCACCAUCAGCGCCCUUGCCACUGCAGAACCCGGCCCUUCCACCCACCAUUUCCAGCCCCUUCGGUGGUCUAGGAUACCCACCACCCCCAGGAAAGGCUCUGGACCCAUCGUCCCUGUUCCACGGCGCCCGCGUCCCGCCUCCCUCAGCCUACCUUCCGCCCACAUCCGUCGCGGCAGCGGCGGCGGCAGCAGCAGCAGCCGCCGCCUCGCAGCCUCUUUUACCUCACAAUUCGCCUUACCUGCACCCAUCACUGUCUGUACUACGUGACCUGCAAUACAGGCCACCUGCAUUAGCACCUCACCUGCUGCCCUACACCCCGUCCUUCACUUCUGUGCUGGCACAGCUGUCGCAGCGGUCAAAGCUGGAGGCCGCACCUUAUCUAGCCAGCCUACAACCUUACCUUCCUGGCCUCGCCGGCCUGCAGUCGCCCUCAUCCUCGCUACCUUCUCCGAGUCUGGCACCUCCCUUGCCAUAUUCCCCGCCCUUGUCCACCAGCCAGGGCUUACAGGCACCCCCUCUCGCGCCUUUAGCUCUGAGGAGGGACGACGCCGAAAGGCGCCAGGCGUCUUUACAGGAUCUGCGACUGAAGGCCCGGGAUCAGGAAAUGAAGUUGAAGCUCCUGCAGAAGGCGAGUGAAAUCACGGCGUGAGGUGGUGUUCCGACAACCCACAAGGAACUCACUCCUGUGUGAAAAAAACGUUCCUACAACGGCACUGCUGCACGAGAAAGGACGUUAGGCACUGCAAGACAAAAGGACAGAUGUCGCCACGGACUGAGCGCUUAUCCUACACUGAGAGGAUAAGUACAGGCUACAGUGAAAGGUGCAUAAAUAUCACACGAAGAAGUUGCAUCAGCAUCGUCGUGAAAGACACGAAUGAUGAUCCACUAGAUGCUUCUGCAUAAACUCAUGCUGUCGCCUAGUGAACAUUUCUGGACUGUCUACAUUGUGUGUUGUACCGAACAAAUACACACGCGAGACAGUAUCUUGCAAUCUGCUGAAGAGGGUAUGCAACAGGGACUUAGUCAACGCAGACAGCAAAGUUGCCGUACGGCUUUUCCUUUCUUUGACACAACAAGAGACACUUCGAGUCACCACGAGAAAUAGAUCCCUCCCUCUCUAGUGCUCUGUCAUAAUCAAAUCAAAGUGAAGAAUUUAUUUGGCAAAAUAUUCGAUUUUCUCAGAAACUCAGAAAAAGAAUCUGAGCCACACCCAAAGGGUAUUCCUCGGGCCAGGAACCGGAUGAAGAUAAGUUACAUUGUUGUGUCAAUAUUGUUUUGAUCUUUACUCAAAUAGUGACUGCUACUGGUGUGUGUGAUGUGAUGUGAUGUGACACUAUGACGAAGAAUAAUGUGAGAUUUAUUGCAUAUACUUGAGAAAAAUAUUUCUUUUAUAGACCUGAUUCCGUCCAAUGUUAAUUGUAUUUUAACAAUAUUUUUAAUAUUUGUUAAAUAUCUUUGCAAUUAUUUCAUGGUUGUAACUAUUUACCAAUUUAUAUUGUACAUAGCAUAUUUAACAUACUCCUUUUAUUUUCUCUCUUUAGAAACCAAAGUUAGUUUUCACCCCCAUGGUGUAUAAUCAUGAAUUGACCUUAAUAAAUAUUUGAAUAAUUCAAAA